UGCUCAUGGCCACUGUUUCCUGCAGGGAUGUCAGUCAUGAGGAUGGUGAUUUGACAGAUGACAAAAGCCUGCAAUGUCUGUGACUGACCCUGAUAGAGAUAUGUAGGAAACGUGCUAUUGACAUGUGUCAGGUGAUGUGAUCUUGACCUCUGACCUGUGAUAGUGACACAACUGAGGUGAUCCAUGCCUCAUAUGAGUGAUUGCUAGGGUGUGUACCACCUGACUGCCAUGUGUGGAGAUAGCCAGGACAGUGGCAUGGGCUGCUGGACACUGUGAAGGUUUUAUAAGCCUAACAGCUGUGUGAGUGCCCUCCCUCCUCCCCACCCCCAAUGCCCUUGUCUGUCCCUGUUCAAGUGCUCAGGGCAGGAGCCAGUGUCCCUGCUCCCCUAGUCCCUGGAGGCUCUCUCUCCCCAGAGGCUAGACUGGCCAGCCUGCCUAGGAUCAGCCUGGACCAGUUGGCAGGCAGAGCUGAGCCUUUGGCCCCGCCUUGGUCCCUGCAGGGUGGCUGGAGGGACCUGGAGCCACAUUGGCUAAUUCCUGCUGGAUCCCCCCAGGUUAGGCCAGCUCCUCCCAUCACCCCCUUCCUCUUCCUACUCCUCUUACUCCUUUUCAGCUAGACUUUGGCAGUCUGCAGGAUGGGGGACACCCUGCACCCAGGACAUGGCAACCACAGGGAAAGCAGCCCUUUUCUUUGCCCCAUGGAGGCUUCCAGAGGAAGUGACUACUAUGACAGGAACCUGGCACUGUUUGAGGAAGAGCUGGACAUCCGCCCAAAAGUAUCGUCUCUUCUGGGCAAGCUCGUCAGCUACACCAACCUCACCCAGGGCGCCAAGGAGCAUGAGGAGGCUGAGAGUGGGGAAGGCCCCCGCCGGAGGGCAGCUGAGGCACCCAGCAUGGGCACCCUCAUGGGGGUGUACCUGCCCUGCCUGCAGAAUAUCUUCGGGGUUAUCCUGUUCCUGCGGCUGACCUGGAUGGUGGGCACGGCCGGGGUGCUGCAGGCCCUCCUCAUCGUGCUCAUCUGCUGCUGCUGUACCCUGCUGACAGCCAUUUCCAUGAGCGCCAUCGCCACCAAUGGUGUCGUUCCAGCCGGGGGCUCCUAUUUCAUGAUUUCCCGCUCACUGGGGCCAGAAUUUGGAGGCGCUGUGGGCCUGUGCUUCUACCUGGGAACUACAUUUGCGGCAGCCAUGUACAUCCUGGGGGCCAUCGAGAUCUUGCUGACCUACAUUGCCCCACCGGCUGCCAUUUUUUACCCGUCCGGUGCUCAUGACACGUCGAGUGCCACCUUGAACAAUAUGCGCGUGUAUGGGACCAUUUUCCUGACCUUCAUGACCCUGGUGGUAUUUGUUGGUGUCAAGUACGUGAACAAAUUUGCCUCGCUCUUCCUGGCCUGUGUGAUCAUCUCCAUCCUUUCCAUCUACGCUGGGGGCAUCAAGUCUAUUUUUGACCCUCCUGUGUUUCCAGUAUGCAUGUUGGGCAACAGGACCCUCUCCCGGGACCAGUUUGACAUCUGUGCCAAGACAACCAUGGUGGACAAUGAGACAGUGGCCACCCGGCUAUGGAAUUUCUUCUGCCACGGCCCCAACCUUACCACUGAAUCCUGCGACCCCUACUUUCUGCUCAACAAUGUGACCGAGAUCCCUGGCAUUCCUGGGGCAGCUGCUGGUGUGCUCCAAGAAAACCUGUGGAGCGCCUACCUGGAGAAGGGCGAGGUGGUGGAGAAGCACGGGCUGCCCUCCACAGACGCCCUGGGCCUGAAGGAGAGCCUGCCCCUGUACGUGGUGGCUGACAUCGCCACAUCCUUCACCGUGCUGGUUGGCAUCUUCUUCCCGUCAGUAACAGGUGAGCCCCUCUGCCCACCCAGCCAGCCUUGCCCCCAAACCCGGGGAGUCCCUAAGGGAGUCCCUAAGGGAGUCUUGUCUGUUUUUGGAGGCAUCAUGGCUGGCUCAAACCGCUCUGGGGACCUCCGCGACGCCCAGAAGUCCAUCCCAGUGGGGACCAUUUUGGCCAUCAUUACAACCUCCCUCGUGUACUUCAGCAGUGUGGUUCUCUUUGGCGCCUGCAUCGAGGGUGUGGUUCUCCGGGACAAGUACGGUGACGGCGUCAGCAGGAACUUGGUGGUGGGCACAUUGGCCUGGCCUUCGCCCUGGGUCAUCGUCAUCGGCUCCUUCUUUUCAACUUGUGGAGCUGGCCUCCAGAGCCUCACAGGGGCACCACGCCUCUUGCAGGCCAUUGCCAAGGACAACAUCAUCCCCUUCCUCCGGGUGUUUGGCCACGGGAAGGCCAAUGGCGAACCCACGUGGGCACUCCUCCUGACCGCACUCAUCGCCGAGCUCGGCAUCCUUAUCGCCUCCCUCGACAUGGUGGCCCCCAUUCUGUCCAUGUUCUUUCUCAUGUGCUACCUGUUUGUGAACCUGGCCUGUGCCGUGCAGACGCUCCUGAGGACCCCCAACUGGCGGCCCCGGUUCAAGUACUAUCACUGGGCGCUGUCUUUCCUGGGCAUGAGCCUCUGCCUGGCCCUCAUGUUUGUCUCCUCCUGGUACUAUGCUCUGGUUGCCAUGCUCAUCGCGGGCAUGAUCUACAAGUACAUCGAGUACCAAGGGGCUGAGAAGGAGUGGGGUGAUGGGAUCCGAGGCCUGUCUCUGAGCGCUGCCCGCUAUGCACUGCUGCGGCUUGAGGAGGGGCCCCCUCACACGAAGAACUGGCGGCCUCAGCUCCUGGUGCUGCUGAAGCUAGACGAGGACCUUCACGUGAAGUACCCACGGCUCCUCACCUUUGCCUCCCAGCUUAAGGCCGGCAAGGGCCUGACAAUUGUUGGUUCUGUCAUCCAGGGCAGCUUCCUGGAGAGCUACGGCGAGGCCCAGGCCGCCGAGCAGACGAUCAAGAACAUGAUGGAGAUUGAGAAAGUGAAAGGCUUCUGCCAGGUAGUGGUGGCCAACAAGGUGCGUGAGGGGCUGGCUCACCUCAUCCAGUCUUGUGGCCUGGGCGGCAUGAGGCACAACUCCGUGGUGCUGGGGUGGCCCUACGGCUGGCGACAGAGUGAGGACCCACGUGCCUGGAAGACCUUUAUUGACACUGUGCGCUGCACUACAGCUGCCCACCUGGCCCUGCUCGUGCCCAAGAACAUCGCCUUCUACCCCAGCAACCACGAGCGCUACCUGGAGGGCCACAUCGACGUGUGGUGGAUCGUGCAUGACGGUGGCAUGCUCAUGCUUCUGCCUUUCCUGCUGCGCCAGCACAAGGUUUGGAGGAAGUGUCGCAUGCGCAUCUUCACAGUGGCCCAGAUGGACGACAACAGCAUCCAGAUGAAGAAGGACCUGGCCGUCUUCCUGUACCAUCUCCGCCUUGAGGCGGAGGUGGAGGUGGUGGAGAUGCACAAUAGCGACAUCUCUGCAUAUACCUACGAGCGGACCCUGAUGAUGGAGCAGCGGUCCCAGAUGCUGCGGCAGAUGCGGCUGACCAAGACUGAGCAGGAGCGAGAAGCCCAGCUAGUCAAGGACCGGCACUCGGCCCUGCGGCUAGACAGCCUGUACUCAGAUGAGGAAGACGAGACUGCAGCAGGGGCCGAGAAGAUCCAGAUGACAUGGACCCGGGACAAGUACAUGACUGAGCCCUGGGACCCCAGCCAUGCCCCUGACAACUUCCGGGAGCUGGUGCACAUUAAGCCAGACCAAUCCAACGUGCGGCGCAUGCACACUGCUGUGAAGCUCAAUGAAGUCAUUGUCACACGCUCCCACGAUGCCCGCCUGGUCCUACUGAACAUGCCCGGCCCACCCAAGAACAGUGAGGGGGACGAGAACUACAUGGAGUUCCUCGAGGUGCUGACCGAGGGCCUUGAGCGGGUGCUGUUGGUGCGUGGUGGUGGCCGCGAAGUCAUCACCAUCUACUCCUGAGCCCAGUGUAGUCCUGUGGUGUGGAGUGGAAGU